ACAUAAUAAAGUUUUCAUCUGUAAGUUCUGGAAGGUGCAAAGACUCGAUCUUGGAAUUUAUUCUUAGAAUUAGAAAAACAAAGGCAACUUGGGUUGGUUUCUCUUUUUGACAUUUUCGGUUUUCUUGAGGCAGUUUCAGCAAAAGCAAGUUCAUUAAUUAGAAGAGAAGAGAGGAGAUAAUUAAAGAUGUCAUCGUCCAACUCGCCUUGCGCGGCGUGCAAGUUUCUUCGACGAAAAUGCACCCAAGAAUGCGUCUUUGCACCAUAUUUUCCGCCAGACCAUCCGCAGAAAUUCCAGAACGUCCACAAAGUGUACGGUGCCAGCAAUGUAGCCAAGCUGUUGAACGAACUCAACCCUUCCCAACGUGAAGAGGCCGUCACCUCUUUAGCCUACGAAGCCGAGGCUCGUCUCCAAGACCCAGUCUAUGGCUGCGUUGGCCUCAUCUCCAUCUUACAACACCGGCUUAAACAAAUGCAACAUGAUCUUGGUAAUGCCAAGAAAGAGCUGUCCACUUACAUUGGCCCUCAAGCUUUGCUUCCUAUUUUACAACCGCCUUUGUUUUUUCCACAACAACAUCUUGGCAACCCUUCUUCUAUGAUGCAACAUAACAUGAUGCCAAUGAUGGGCAUUCCAACGGCAGCUUCCCUUUCCCAUGGGGGCCAGUUGGUCAUAAGAGAACCACAACAACAACAGCAGCAGUUUUUUGAGCCUCAACAGCAAAUGGCUGCAGUGGUAGCAGCAAGGGAACAACAAGAUUUUCUUGGAGGAUAUGAACUGCAACAGCUACAUCAUCAACAGCAGCCAGAUAUGCUGAGGUUUAAUAAUAGUGGGUUUGAAGGGGCUGGUUCAGUCACUGCAACAGGGUUUAAUCAGAUAACACCUGUGGCCGCCAUGUCACCUUCUUUGGCUUUAGGGUGCUUUGAUAACCUUUAUCAGAUUCAGCCACAAGAGCAAGAUCAUCCCCAUCAUCAUUCUCAUGGAACUCUUCCAUUUCAAUCACAGCUUUUGCUUCAGCCACUACAAGCACAACCACAAGUGCACUUAAGAUCAGAAAGUGAGGAGGGUAGGAGUACUGGUCCUUGUUGAAUAAAAAAACAAGCCUCUCUAUUCUUUUCUCUGUUUGCAGAUUGAAUGCUUCCUAUUUUUCAUGGCACCAAUCUUUCACUCUAGGAGGCUCUAAUACAAGGAAAUCGUUAACCUCAGAGAUCUAAAAGCAGGCAGCCAUUGUGGGUUUAGACGAUGCGGCAGAGCUUUUAUUCUUGAAACAUACAAAUUAGCUACUUAAUCAUGCAAUCAUGAACUUAGAAUUCUUUUUUACUGUCAUAAUCAACUUUGUAGCUGUUGCAACAAUUAAAGGAAUUUGCAAAUAAAUAAAAUAGUGGGUAGUGGCUAUGUCAUUCG